AUGACUGUGCCUUAUUCUAGGGCUAUGGCAACCCAGGGCGGUUUCCUGUGGCUGUUCUGGAUACUUUUGCCAAGAUGGCGGGGAAGUAUAUACAGGCAAGUCUGGAAGGAAAUGGUUCUCUUCGUUAUCCUCUACUACACAAUAAGCGCUACUUAUUGGUUUGCUCUCAGUGAUAAAUACAAAAUAAUAUUUGAGAAAGUGGUGAUUUACUGUUCGAAAAUGAGCGGUUCACUCCCAGUUACGUCCCUGUUAGGAUUCUUCGUGACCAGCGUCUUCACCAGAUGGUGGGAAAUGUUCCGAAAUAUCCCGUGGCCUGAUCAAACAGCAAUACUUACCACAUCUUUUAUCCGAGGACAGGACAGGGAAUCCAAGAAAAUUCGAGAGACAGUGAUUCGAAAUGUGAACGUUGUGAUUGCCAUGACCUUCAAGAAACUUUCACCCUCAGUGAGGAAGAAGUACCCUACUCUACGGAGCUUAACUAGUGAAGGCUACCUCACAGCGGAAGAGACACUGAUCAUAGAAAACCUCAGGAGCAGAACCUCGGUAGACAUGACAUACGUCCCAAUAGUGUGGGCUUGUAAGACUGUUGACAAGGCACAAAAUGAUGAAUAUAUAUCUUCCACUCACAACAAGAUAGACCUCAUGACUGAAAUUCUUGACAUCCAGAGUAAAUGCAUGGAAUUAUCUCACUGGACGAUGCGCGCUGUACCUCUGGCCUACUGCCAGGUCGUGGCCAUUGUGGUGUACUUUUUCUACCUCUCGUCUGUGGUUGGUGGACAGAGCUUAGAACCCGAGAGACAACUCAAAGGUCACACAAAUGUUUACUUCCCCAUAUUCACUCUCCUUCAACUCUUCUUCUACAUCGGGUGGCUGAAGGUGGGUGAGAGCUUCACCGAUCCAUUUGGAGACGAUGAUGAUGACUUUGAAUUCCUCAAACUCUUGGAGCGACAUAGACAGAUGUCGGAAAUGCUCUCCGAACAAAAACCAGGGGACCUCCCGAAGGCAAUUUCGAUCCUUGACCUCCAUGUGGCAGCUGAGUCGUGA